AUGGGUACCGGUUGGAGAAGAGCUUUUUGCACAACAAUUCCUAGAGACCGAUCAGAAACCACGAUCUCUGAUAAGCAGCAAACCACAAGUCCAAGUCCUAGCCCCAGAAGUUGUGCAAAGCUAGGAUUUUUCUCAAGUGGAAGCAACCCUAACACACCUCGUUUGCAGUCUCAUAGUCCCAACUUGCGUUGCCGAACAAAUGCUGUAGACUCUCCUUCAACAAAUGAGAACCCCACCCUUCAUUGCAAAGGCACACCCAAAAUACCCAACACUGCUAAAAUCUCCAGAUCAUUACUGAGUUCGAAUCCAUCUUCUCCUAGAUCUCCUCUUAAAUUGUCUAUCUUCAAAAAUAGUUUCAAAUUCAGAAGUAGCUGUGGAAUCUGCUUGAAUAGCGUAAAGAGAGGUCAAGGCACAGCAAUAUACACGGCAGAGUGUGCACAUGCUUUUCACUUCCCUUGUAUAGCUUCCUAUGUUCGCAAGCAUGGCAGUCUUGUGUGCCCUGUCUGCAACUCUGCCUGGAAAGAUGUUCCUUUACUUGCCAUCCACAAAAAUCUCCACCAAAAUGACAGUACUUUAGAAGAAGACCCCAAUACCAACACCAAGCCCAAAAUAGAAGAGAAAAAGGUAGUCGUUGUGGAAUCAUCACCAAGAGCCAUAAUAACCACCUCCACUCCACAACAACAACAACCAAGAACACCAAAAUAUUCCGAUUCAAGAACCUAUGAUGAUGAUGAACCAUUACUAUCUCCAGCUGCCGGUGCCAGAUUCAACCCAAUCCCUGAAGCUGACGAGAAUGUUGAUGAAGAUGAUGAAGGUGUUGAAUUUCAAGGAUUCUUUCCUACCAAUUCAUCUUCAAUUAAAUCCGAUGAAGUUCCAAUCAAUGGCCGAGAUUAUUCGAGGAAUGUUCAGGUCAGAUUAUUGCCAGAAGCAGCUGUCAUAUCUGUAGGCCGUGGGUAUGAAACUUAUGCAGUGGCGCUGAGAGUGAAAGCUCCACCACCAUUGCCGUCACUGACUACUCGCAACAGUUCAAAUGCGACAGCGUCUCUUCUAGACCCUUUCCAGCGAGCGCCCAUCGAUUUGGUAACGGUUCUUGAUGUUAGUGGUAGCAUGACUGGGGCUAAGUUGCAAAUGUUGAAACGAGCUAUGCGUUUGGUUAUUUCUUCCCUUGGCUCGGCUGAUCGACUUUCUAUUGUGGCUUUUUCCAGUAGUUCUAAAAGGUUAUUACCUUUAAAGAGAAUGACUCCUAAUGAACAACGCUCAGCUCGGCGUAUCAUUGACCGACUUGUUUGUGGUCAAGGGAGUAGUGUGGGCGAAGCCUUGAGGAAAGCGACUAAGGUGCUUGAAGACAGGAGGGAGAGAAAUCCUGUGGCCAGCAUCAUGCUAUUAUCUGACGGUCAGGAUGAGAGACGCCCGAUUAAUAACUCAAAUCAAAGGCAUAUGUCAAGUCACAAAUCGUCUACCCGUUUUGCCCAUAUCGAGAUCCCGGUUCAUUCAUUUGGGUUUGGUCAAAGCGGUGGCUACAGCAACGAGCCGGCUGAGGAUGCUUUUGCCAAAUGUGUUGGUGGGCUAUUGAGUGUUGUGGUGCAGGAUUUGAGAAUUCAGCUUGGAUUCGCCUCGGGCUCCGCUCCAGCUGAAAUAGUAGCGGUUUAUUCUUGCAAUUCUAGACCGAGUGUUCUCAGCUCUGGUUCUGUUCGGCUUAGCGAUUUGUACGCCGAAGAAGAGAGGGAGUUGUUAGUGGAGCUGAGAGUUCCGCAAUCGGCUGUUGGGUCCCACCACGUGAUGUCUGUUCGAUGCCUUUACAAAGACCCUGCCACACAAGAGGUUGUGUACGGUCGUGAUCAGGCUCUAUUAGUCCCACGACCUCACGCCCUCCCUUCAGCAGGCCCAAAGAUCCAACACUUGAGUAAUUUGUUUAUUACUACUCGAGCCCUAGCCGAGGCUAGGCGGCUUGUGGAGCACAAUGAGUUUACGAGUGCUCAUCACUUACUUGUGUCAUCUCGAGCUCUGAUAUUGCAGUCAAGUUUGAUAUCAGCUGACGAGUAUGUUAGGAGUUUGGAGGCUGAAUUGGCAGAGGUGCACUGGCGGCGUCAGCAUCAUCAGUUUGAGUUGCAACAGCAGCAGCAAAUGGUGAUGCAACGGCGGAGAGGAAGUGAGAGGGAAACUGUGGUGAUGGAUGAGAAUGGAGAGCCACUCACCCCCACUUCGGCUUGGAGAGCGGCUGAGAAGCUGGCUAAAGUAGCUAUAAUGAAGAAGUCGUUGAAUAGAGUCAGUGACUUGCACGGCUUUGAAAAUGCUAGAUUUUAA